AACCUGGAGGCUGAACGAACACGCGCUUUGCUUUAACUUUAUGCUUUGAGCAGAGACUCCAGUAGUUGCAAACCUUCAAACGAGUGUGCUUGUCCACGUGUUCGUGUCACGUGUCAUUUCUGUAGCCUUCUAAAAGAAACCGAGGAGUUAAAAUAAACAGGAAAGUGUGUCAGAAGACUGGAGCAGGAUAAUAAUUCUGCUCACCUUUGGCUAAAAUGAAGGCAAUUUUUCAUGUAUCUGUAUUACACUAUAGCAGCUGAUGUAAUUAUCUAAACUUUCCAAUAUGCAAUGUAUCACUGUUUUAAGAACUGCUUCCUCUCGGACUCAGCACUUGCCUGUACAGUUUCACAUCUUACGUUUGUUUUCCAGUCAUCUUCCAAAUCAGGUUACUGAAGAUGCAGAAAAACAACUAUCACAUCAGCAGAAUGCUGGUGCCUCAAAAGGAAAACUGAUUCUCAAAGUUCCCAAGGGUACCAGGGAUUUUAGCCCAAAGCAAAUGGCUAUCCGUGAAAAAAUCUUCAGCAUCAUAAUUAGUUGUUUCAAACGUCAUGGAGCAGUAACAAUAGAUACUCCUGUAUUUGAACUAAAGGAACUCUUGCAAGAGAACUAUGGUGAAGAGGCAAAGUUGAUUUAUGAUCUGGAAGAUCAAGGAGGAGAGAUGCUGUCUCUUCGAUAUGACUUAACUGUGCCAUUUGCUCGUUUCUUAGCUAUGAACAAAAUUAAACGAUGUAAACGUUACCACAUUGCAAAAGUCUAUAGGCGUGAUAGUCCGUCCAUAAAGAGAGGACGCUUCAGGGAGUUUAUCCAGUGUGAUUUUGACAUUGCUGGCCAAUAUGAUCCUAUGAUUCCUGAUGCAGAAUGUUUGAAAGUCAUGUAUGAGAUCUUAACUGCCCUGCAAGUUGGAGAUUUCCUUAUCAAAAUCAAUGACAGGCGCAUUUUGCAAGGGAUCUUUACAAUAUGUGGUAUUCCAGAAAUCAAAUUUGAAAGGAUUUGUUCAACUCUUGACAAAUUGGAUAAGAUCUCAUGGGAGGAAGUGAAAAAUGAAAUGAUCCUAGAGGAUGGUAUUUCUCCUGAGUGUGUCAAUUGUAUUAGUGAAUAUGUUCAACUUCAUGGGGGACCAGAUCUCAUUGAGAAGCUUCUCAAGGAUCCAAAACUGGCACAGAACAGAUUGGCUAUGGAAGGACUGGAGGACAUGAAAUUGCUAUUUGAAUACCUUACUCUGUUUGGCAUCAUAGAUCAGGUCUCCUUACAUCUGAGUCUGGCUCGUGGUCUGGCUUAUUACACUGGAGUCAUUUAUGAGGCUGUUUUAUUGUGCCAAAAGCAUAGCCGCCUAAAUGAGUCUCUUAGCUUAACAAGUGUGGCUGGAGGUGGACGCUAUGAUGAGCUUGUAGCAAAGUUUGAUUCAAAAGGACAUAAAGUACCUUGCGUUGGACUCAGUAUUGGUGUUGAAAGGCUCUUCUCUAUCAUAGAGCAGAAUAAUGAGAUGUCCAAGCAGAAAAUCCGCACAACAGAAACACAAGUGUUGGUGGCAACUCCCCAGAAAAAUUUCCUUGCAUUCAAAAUGAAAUUAAUCUCUGAAUUAUGGAAUGCUGGCAUCAAGGCAGAGAUGUUAUAUAAAAAAAAUCCCAGACUACUGGAACAACUGCAAUAUUGCGAAGAAACAGGAAUCCCACUGGCAAUCAUAGUUGGAGAACAAGAACUGAAUGAUGGAAUAGUGAAACUUCGGGAUGUUGUUACUAGAAAAGAGGUUAAUAUUCCUCAAGAGAAUUUUAUAGAGGAGAUCAAGAGAAGAUUGGAAAAAUACAACACUUAAUUUCAUGUAAUUGACAUUUUAUACUGCUCCUAAGGUGGACUUAUACGCUUAUAUAUGCUCUUAUGAAAUACUGCAGGCUUGUGAAGCACCUGGAGUUGUUCAAUAUUUCUUUCCUUUUUUUUGUAAUAAAAUAAUAUUUCACAUUUUAGUCACACAAACCAAGAUUUAGAGAACU